GCCAAAGACGUUCAAGAGGGGUUAGUUCAGUCAGUCAGUUCAGCACAGUGGAACUCUUUCGUCUCUGGACGACGGAGCUCGUCGUGGCCGUCGACGUCAUCGCGAUGUCUCCAGGCACUGUGCUUUGCCUCAUCGCCGUCGCUGCGCUUCCUGGCCUCUGGGCCAAUCAGGGACGCGGCAGUCCUAGACCCUUCGGAACUGAGAAACCUACCAGGGUGGAAGAAUUCAAUCGGACUGGGGUCCUACAUCCGGAAUAUCAGAUACCAGCGACUCUGCAACCCGGAAACGUGUCUCAGUUCUAUUAUCUGAGUCCAAGAGAUGGACCACCCUUGACACUUCUGGUCAGCCCUUGUAGCGGUCCCAUUUCAUGGAACAUCAGUUACGUUGGUAUUCCCGAGGACGAUCCCGGUGCCAACUGCACAAAAUCUCAGACCAGGUGGCCAGUCAAAAGUCUUAAACCUGGUGAAACACUGUUUACUUAUGAGGGUUCGGAAGUUCAAAAUUUCACUGUAUCAAGAUCUCGCGCUGGGCUUUAUCGUUUUGGGAUUAAGUCACUGGCGCCUCCGAAUUUUGAUUCAAAUAAGAAAUAUACGGUUUUGCUUUACGCCACGUCCAGUACUCUUGAUCAUCUUCUUGAACCCUAUGAAAAAGGAAGACGACAUCAUUCACUGAGAUUUCAUCAGAGACGAAGUCGACGCAGACUUACCGUCUCUUGGAGCAAGAGUCACGUCAAUCCUCAUCUGUCCAGCUACUGUUUGGCUGUCACUUCGGGUAGGCAGGUGCAUCCAUCUACCUUGUGUGCUGCUCAAAAUCUUCUUAAGGUUCAUUCGAGAUCCUCUAGGGGUGGUUCCUCAAGGGAGCGACAGUACAGGGUUGUGCCAGAAGGACUCCAUUGUGUUUCGCAGACCAGAUUGACCCUUCAUGGAAUGGAAUACAACACCACUUAUAAUUUUACUUUAUAUGUGGUCAGUACACUGAAUAACGUCUCGAAUCGCGUGGCAAACGAAGUACACAAGUUUCGCAAAGCACCCGUACAAAUUUUGAAAACAGGUCGAUACGCUGUUGCGAAUUUACGCAAAAACGAUGGAUUUAUCAAUUUUCGUUAUCAACCGCGACGGAACACGUCUACUAUCUUUCACGUGUUAUCUUGCGGCGGUGGAAUCGUUAAGGCGAAGCUACGAGGUCCUGGGGUCCUUAAGGAAGAAGAAGUCGCCGGAUACGCAUCCCUAACAGGACCUUCACUUCCGUCCGGUAAAAGAUAUAUGCUGAAGGUAUCCGCGACGCGUCAGGAAUUGAAUAAGGUCACUUCCGUCAAAGUCAUAGCUACUCAGGAAGGGACGAUCACAUAUCCGGAGGUCUCUUCGAAAAGCGCGCCAAGGGAAUAUCGUUCGUUGCGGAAGUGCCGAGAAGUGACGGUGGGCGUCGAGCCGGCAGGCGCUGCUAAGUAUUGCGUCCUCGUUCGCGAAUUACGAAAUCCAUCCUUGUUAACAGCGCUGGGGACGAUACCAGAUCAGUGUGGACUUCAUCGACGUCGCAGAUCCGAAUACACAUACGAAUUGUGCGAGGAGCAAUCGAGUCCGCCAAAAAAUCGUGCAUUGCCAUUUACCGUGCGAAAUUUGCAACCUGGAAAAUCGUAUUUGGUCCAAGUUACCGCGCAAUUGCGUGGCCACGCAUUGUCCUAUCCGUCUUUAGAAGUAAGAACACGGAGAUCGUGUCAACCGUGAGUUAAAAAAAAUGCGCAAGAAUUCGAUUGCAAAAAUAUUUGAAAACUCGAUCUUGAGUAUUGAGCAAAAAUUAAUUCGAUCUUUGAACCAUCAGACAAUAAAUGCGGUUCAAUGUCCAAACUCGAGGACUCGGAAAUUAUUGAUUGAGAAACCGGAUGCAUUUAGGUACCCAACACGCUUCCUGAAAAUGGUAGCGUGUAUCCGCUUAUCGAUCGCUGUCAAUUGGUUCAGCCGACUAAUUUGAAUUUUCAUUAAAUAAUCCGUGAUUCCCUUUUUACGCUGUCACAGCGAACUGGCCAGAUCAAAAAGUCAUCUAAACGAAUGACCGAUCCAUCUACUCUACGUGUACAUACCCAACACAAAUCAUCUAUCAUCUUAAUCAUCCCCAAUAACGAGCUCUUAGACUAUUCCGACGGCUUUUCAUGACUUUUGUAUAAAUAUUCGAAUCCUUUUUUUUAUAAAGAUUGUUUUAUAAAAA